GAUUUAGAAUGUAAGGAAAAUGGCGGCACACAAAGCAGAGUGUUGACCAAAUUUCCACUUAUAGAUUCAUCAGUCGGAUUUUAUGAGGACUUAUUGCAAGGAAAGGACAUCGUGUACAUGAGAAAAGAAAAGUUGUCAUCGGAUUUUCGCAAUAUGGCAAGAAGAUCGCAUAUAUGUGCGAAAUGCAUUGCUGUCGCCCGCCUUCGUAUUCGUGAUGAUGUCGCGGCUCUGUUUUAAUUCCAAUCUUUCUGCGUGAAACGCAUUUUUAAGUUACUGGUACUUUGUUGACAUUCAUCAUGGCAGGGAAAGAAUACAAGCCAGGAGAUAAAAUAUUUGCCAAAAUGAAAGGCUACCCACAUUGGCCGGCGAGGAUUGAUGAACUCCCAGACGGAGCAGUAAAACCCCCCAAAGGAAAAUAUCCAAUUUUCUUUUAUGGUACACACGAAACUGCGUUCCUGCUGCCGAAGGACAUCUACCCAUAUGAUGAGAACAAAGAAAAGUACGGGAAGAAGCAUGCCAGGAAAGGUUUCAACGAGGGUCUCUUCGAGAUCGAAAACAACCCAGAUGUCAAGUUUAAAGCACCUACAAGUUCCGAGGAAGAGGAGGUGGAGGAGGAAGAAGAGGAGGAGCCUGAGCAGGAGGAAGUGAAGGAGAAGCCGGCCAAGCCCAAGAAGGCACAGUCGAAUGAUGAUGAUUUUCAGAAGGGGAGACCACCCAAGGAGGCCAAGCAACCCCAGAAGAGGAAGUCGACAGCUGGAGGGGCCAAGGCGGGGUCGGCCAAGAAGGCCAGGCGUGUGUCGAGGUCAGUGUCCAAGGACUCCAAGGAAGAGGGGCGAGAGGAGGAAGACUUCGAUGCCGGAUCCUCCCCACCAUCAGAUAACUCGGAUGAUGAGGACUUUGCGGAAGAGAAGAAAGUCAAAGGGAAACGAGGAAGGCCAUCCACCGGCGCUGGGCGGGGGAGGAGGAAGUCAAAGGCUGCAUCGGACAGCGAGAGCGGCGACAACGAUGAAGACGAGGAGGCGGAGGAGGAUGCAGCGGAGGAGGAGGAAGAGAAACCCAAGGCAAAGGCUAAAGCUAAACCCAAGAAAGAAACCCCCAAACCUGCUGCCAAGAAGGCUGCCCCCAAGAAAGCUGGUCGUCCGUCCACGGGUGGGAAGAAAAAGGCGGAAGAGAAACCCCCCAUAUCUUGUGACAGCCUCAGCUCAGACAGCGACAGUGAUUCCAACGACGGUGUGAGCAGCUGGAAGAAGCGAGACGAGGAGAGGAAGAAGGACAUUGAGAAGCGUAUCAAGGAGGAAGAGGAGAAGCGCCGGGUAGCGGAGGAGGAACGUAUCCGGAUCGCGUCGGAGGAGUUGCAGAAGGAGAAGGAGGCGCGGGGGGAGGAUGUGGAAGACGAGGAUGACCGCGACACACACAAGAGGCAUCGCAAGAAGAAGAAGUUUGAAGACUUUGUGGAUGCAGACGAUGAAAAAGAAAGAAAACGGAAGCGAAAAGAAAGUUUAGACCGAUCAAAACAUAAAGACGAUGAUGAUGAGGAUGAUUCUGAUGUAGAAAAAGAAAAAGUGAAAAAGAAUAAAAAGACAGAGAAAAGUGAAGAGAAAAGUGUGAAGAAAUCCAGAAAACACAAAGACUCGACAAAAGAUGAUUCAGUUUUGGAGGAAAAUGAGGAAACGAAAGACAAAAGUGAGAAAAAAGUGAAAGAAAAGGAAUUGAAAAAGGAAGAAAAAUUAAAAGAGAAAUCGAAAGAAAAAGACAGUGAGAAAAAGUCUGAGCCAAAGUCGGAGAAGAAGAGCAAGAAGGUGAAGGUGCUGAGUAGCGAUGAGUCGGAGGGGGAGGAAGUGGGGAGGAAGGAGGCAGCCAAGAAGGAGAAGAACGAGGAAGAGGGCGCCGCGGUGAAGGACGAGGGUGUCGGAGGGGAAGAGAAGAUGGAGGUGGAGGAGAAUGAAGAGGAAGCGGAGAAGGAGGAAGCAGUGGAAGAGAAACCCGAAAACCAACCAAAGGAAUCAAAGAGAAGAGAAACAAAGAAACUGAAGGAAUCUAAGGCAAAGAAGGAGGAGACGCUGAAGGCCGAAUCUUUGGAGAAGGAAGACGAUGAAAAGAAGAAAAAACAGGAUAAAGAAAGAAGACACCAUGACAAGGAAGAGGAGAAGGAAAGAAAGAAACGCAUAAAAUACGAACAGAAGAAGAAAGAAAAAAUACAUUUUAUCCAGACGGAGACCACGCUGAUCCAGAUGGACAUCGAAAUAAAGAAGUCCUUACAGGUUGAUAAAACGGACGUGGACAAGUGUAUUGCCAUCAUGGAGGACCUCGAGGCGUUGCCCGUCAACCAGGUCAUGCUGAAGAAAAACCCGGACAUCAUGAACACCAUCAAGAAGUGUCGGAAGUACAAGGGCAGCGAUCGCAUUAAGUCCAAGGCGGAAGUUAUAUACAACAAGUUCAAGGCACUAUUUGUCAUGGGGGAUGGAGAAGCUGCUCCCCCACAGCUGAUGGAGAUGAAGAAGAAACCAGAGCUGAACCAGAAGGAGAACAAGGAGAACGAACUCGACACGGAGAAAGGUAGUGAUUCCACUCCGACGGACAAAGUGAAUGAUAUCACAGAUGGCAACAAAGACACUAACGUUUCCGCGGAAUCUACCGUGCUUUCGGAAUCCGUUGCCGGGUCAGACUCCAAGGAACCCACUCCGUUCUUUUUCCCGAAAAAGUCUGCUGGUAUUCCAGGCUUAGAUCUCAUCAAUCCAAACCAAGCUGGUCUUCCCAAGCCCAUCCCCCAGCCGGAGCCCCAACGCGAAUCAAACAUUCCCGACAACAUCAAGGCAGUGUUGUCGGACCUCAGUGAGGACGAGGAAAGUGACUCCAAGGCGACCGGUGCGGGGGACGCGGCACCAAAUUGUGAAAGUGACACAAAAGACAAAACCCCAGUGGAAGAAGUGGUGCCAGAUCAGACAGAACAAUUUCAAGGAACUGUGAACGAAACUUCCAGAGAGGUUGUGGAGGUGUCAGAACCAAAGAAAGUGUCUGGGAUUUUAGAUCUGCCACUCCCAGAUGUUGAUACGGACAAUAGUAACAUGACGCCGCUAACUGGCGCCGAUACGCCUGCUGCCGACACGCCUGUUUCCAGAGUUGAAGGGUCAAGUCCACUUGGAAACCUUGUGGGUGCUUCAGGGAACGCAACGGACACAAGUGUCGUUCCCUCACCGGUUGUGGAUUCUGAUUCGGCAAAGGAGCCGUCCCAUGAUGCACUGCAUGCUGUGACAUCGCCACCAGUGAAAGAGGCAGCGGCGGAGGAAACAGCAAUGGAGACGGCAUCAUUGCAAGUUCCUGAAACGGAGGUUGCGAUCGUUCCGGAGAAGAUGUCGUCUCCGGAGUUCCACAACGAGGUUGUUGAAGAAGAGGAGGAAGAUGUCGUGGAGACCACAGAUCGGCGUGACCUGAAUGCUCGCAUCGAAGAGAUCAUUAUGGGAACACAAGAGAAGAAGGGACCAGCCUCGUUGCCCGACGAAGAUGGCGGUAGUGAGAGCGACCCCGUCAUGGACGAUGACGAACUCCAUUCUCUGCUGGGGGUAUGAAGUUAGUGAGGAUGUGUUGAUUCUGUUACAGAAUGUCUUUCAACUUCAUUGUGCAUGGAUGUUAUUGUGUAUGGACAUAUGACGCCUUCAUGUUAUGGUGAUGAGGCAAUUCUCGCGAACAGUCGCCAGUCGUUUUGAAGGUCACUUGUCUGGACAUGAACCCUGGAUGUUGGGAGGAGUGACCAGGAGUGACGGGGGGUGAUGCCAGUACCCCGGGGCCAAUAGUUCCAGUCACUGCCAAGAUGGCUGAUGUACCUUCAGCUUGUCCAGGAGAAUCUUGAAGACACACCAGCUUCAGGUCAAGGUGACCCCUACAAUCAAACGAGAACUCUGAGUGAACGGUGAACAGAGUGUGACAUUAAGAAAAGAAGUGCCCGUUCUGGAUGUGUACUGAUGCGGAAGUGAUGAGGCACGGGAUAGUGGGUAGUCUUUACUGACCUUGACGUGACCUUGCAAGAGAGGACGAUGGGAUUCCCAUUUAAAUGAUGAACGGGAAACAAACUAAGCAUUUCAAGGUUUCAGUCGUUCUGCAUCGGACUGUGACGUAUCAUUGUGAUCGUUCACAGCAUGGAUGUUUCACCGAUUCAAGGAACACGGACUUCUUUAAUACGAAGUGUGGUGUAUCAAUGCAAGGGUGUGAAACGUCUGAAUGGCUCAUACAAGAUGGUGUGAAAGUGUGCCAAUUUUCUAUCUGGAAUCCUGUUAAAUGUUCAGCUUGAAGUCGCGAAGUCGAGUCAUGCACGUCUGUUAUGUAGUGUCAAACUGUUGUGUGGCAUAUGUGGCAUUAGCAUCCGACAACCAAGUCAUUCACUGCUGCUGUAGCCGGAAGCUCAAGUCAGGUUCCUUUUGUCCAGUAAAUUUAGCAUCUAAUAUCUUGGUUACUUUCUUUUCAGUUCAUUGCACUUAUGAAAACCAUGUAAGGAGUAAAAUGUAUGAAAAAUUAUAUCUGUACGAAAUUUGGUAGUCCACUCGAAACGUCUUGACAGAAACUGCAUUUACUUUUGGAGCAAUUCAUGGCUGGCAUUUAUUGGACAUUUCAGAAUGAGUUAUUGGAUGUAUUGAUGUCCACUUGUGACACUGGAGAGUGUUUCAGUGUUUUAAAUUACACAAUAAAUUUUACUCCUGCCCUC